ACCUGGGUUUCUACUUCCCAAUAGUCAAUUGAACCACCACCACAAAGUACACAACUCACUCUGCUGUGACACCGCCGGCGACGAUCUGCUUAACUCUUCAUCUUUCUCCGGCGACGACGUAUAAUUAACAUUGAUGGACUGCAACAUUCUAUCAUUGAGUAGGUCCUGUAGCUUGGCUAGUAAUCUUCGGGCAAUUCCUACACGCAAUACUGUAUUUUAUCGGAAAUAUUCUUAUCUACCUGCAGGGUUAAUUCGUAAGUCAAUUAGGUGCUCAAUGAAGUCGUAUAAGUUAUCGGAGCUUACAACCUCUGAGGUUGACAGCCUCAAGGCUCGUCCUCGCAUUGAUUUCUCCUCCAUUUUCGGCACAGUUCAACCCAUUGUUGACGAUGUUCGUAAUAGAGGUGAUGCUGCAGUUAAAGAUUACACAUCGCGGUUUGACAAAGUUGUACUGGAUAAGAUAGUUGAAGAUGUCAGUGAGCUUCCAGAUCCCGAGCUCGAUUCAUCUGUUCGCGAAGCAUUUGAUGUGGCAUAUAACAACAUAUAUGCCUUUCAUGCUGCUCAAAAGCCUGUUGAGAAAGUUGUUGAGAACAUGCAUGGGGUCAGAUGUAAACGUGUCGCUAGGAGCAUUGCCUCUGUAGGGCUUUAUGUUCCUGGUGGAACUGCUGUUUUACCUUCUACAGCUCUGAUGCUUUCAGUUCCAGCACAAAUUGCUGGAUGUAAAACAGUUGUACUUGCAACUCCACCUUCUCGGGAUGGCAGCAUUUGCAAGGAAGUGCUUUAUUGUGCCAAAAAAGCGGGUGUGACCCACAUCCUUAAAGCUGGAGGUGCUCAGGCAAUUUCUGCAAUGGCCUGGGGCACUGAAUCAUGCCCAAAGGUUGAGAAGAUAUAUGGGCCUGGAAACCAGUAUGUCACUGCUGCAAAAAUGAUUCUGCAGAACAGCGAAGCGAUGGUUUCAAUUGACAUGCCUGCUGGGCCUUCUGAAGUCCUUGUUAUAGCUGACAAGCAUUCCAGUCCUGUCCAUGUGGCAGCAGAUUUACUUUCACAGGCGGAGCAUGGGCCAGAUAGCCAAGUCGUACUGGUUAUUGCUGGGGAUGGUGUUGAUCUAAAUGCCAUUCAAGAGGAAAUCAUGAAGCAAUGUCAAGCACUUCCAAGGGGAGAAUUUGCACUUAAGGCACUAAGCCACAGCUUCACUGUGUUAGCACGGGAUAUGCUGGAGGCAAUUUCCUUCUCAAACAUGUAUGCACCUGAGCAUCUGAUAAUCAAUGUGGAUGAAGCUGAGAAGUGGGAAAAUUUAAUUGAGAAUGCAGGUUCUGUAUUUAUGGGAAAGUGGACACCUGAGAGUGUAGGAGAUUACGCAAGUGGAACUAACCAUGUUCUUCCAACUUAUGGGUAUGCACGGAUGUAUGGUGGGGUCUCUUUGGACUCUUUCUUGAAGUACAUCACUGUGCAGUCUUUGACAGAAGAAGGGCUGAGGAAUCUUGGUCCUUACGUAGAGAAAAUGGCCGAAGUUGAGGGUCUGGAUGCCCACAAGAGGGCUGUAACCCUCAGACUACAGGACAUAGAAGCGAGACAAGUAUCACACUCAAGAUGAUCUCUCUAUUUGUUUGCAUGAAAGAAUAAUUAUUGAGCAUUGCAGCUGAGGUCGUUUAUUAGUUUUGUUGAGGGGGUUUGAAGCUCUAUAUUACCUGCACUCUGAUUUUUUUCCUUCCAAGUGUUGAAUCAAACACACUUGGGAAGAAAAAACAGUAAUGUGUAAUGGUUACCAUGGAUGAGCUAGUGCAUCUGCUGUAUUUGUUUGAAAUAAAAUCAAUCCAGAUAUCUGAGAAGAUGAUUAUAUCAAAUCUAAUUGUACUGAGUUUGAGGGUUGUAUUUUAAUUGGUCUUUCACCAUGUUUUGUAACAAAAGUUGUAUUGGAGCAAACAUGUACUAAUAUUUUGGAUUGUAUCAAGAGGUUGCUUAGGCUACAUAUAAUGAAGAGCUAAUUUGAAUUUGCA